AUGAUACUUUUUGAGUGGGUAAGCUUUUGGCUGAAAUGCAUUCUUAGAAGGAUUUUGGAUGCUUUUCCAAUAGUCAACAACUGGAUAGCGUCCUCAGGUGUCACAGACAGAGCAUUAUGCCAAACAGACUCAGAGGAAUGGAAGACUAAUGAAGCGCUACGCACAUAUCUCCUUGGAGAUGGUGAUGAAACCAAGGUUACAGUCCAAACCAGCCCACAUGCCUUUCUUGUGAACCUAGAAAGACUUUCAGAGUGCAGUGAGUACUUCCGAGCUUUGUCCCAAUCCAGCAUGAGAGAGACCUCUGAGAGCCUCAUCCACAUGGAUCACGUGUCCUCUUCCAUCUUCCACAAUCUGCUUGAGUUUUCCUUCAAUAAUAAUUUCAAAGUUCCCCAAAAUGAGUUGGGAGCACAUAUCAAGGUAAGCAACUAUCUUCUAGCAGAGGCCUUCCUCUCAAAGUGCCUGUCAGUCCUGACAGAUGAGCUCAGCCCAUCUAACUGUUUGUCAUACCUGAGUCUUGCUCAUGAGAUCUUUUGUGUGGAACUGAAGAUGACAGUACUGACUUACUUGAGUAGAAACCUGCUGGAGCUCCCGGACAUCAUCAGGUGCCUGAAUGAAGAGGAGAAGGAAGAAGUUGUCCACUUGAGGACUCGAGGAGACCGACACCUCUGCACCCUACGGAAAGAGAACCUGAGUUCUUGGAAGGAUCCAGAAACAGAACAUGCACGACACAUAUUCACCCUGCAAGGAUCAGAGGACAGUGGAGAUUGGUGUCCAGUUACAGAGCUUCCCUUUCGGGCUGAUAAGUGGUGUAUUACAACAGUGGUGCUUUACAACUACUUGUAUGUCAUAGGAGGUUACAGGGAGCGUAUGAAGAGAGGCUGGGAGUUCAGCAUGGCUUCCUUUCAAUACAAUCCCUUUACUCAUACGUGGGUCACCACAUCUCCUCUGAUAAAACACAGAAGGCACUUCAGUGCAGUGGCCUGUGAAGGCUGUAUUUACGCAGUGGGAGGCUGGUACUUGGACUCUCUAGUAACUCCAGACUCCAGCACAGCUCUCUACACAGCUGUAGAGCGCUAUGACCCAUGGAAAGAUACGUGGAGGUUUGUGUCAUCAUUGCCACUCACUGACUUCCAGUUCACCAUGUCUUUGUCCCAUGAUGUUCCUCUUGCUACAACCCUUGGACAGUGUAUCUAUGUGCUGGGGAGCAUCCAGAGGACUGGAGAGAAGUUGUUACUGCAGUACAACACAAAGAAAGAUGUAUGGUCUGAACUGCUUCCCACCCUUACCAGAGCCAGCGUAGAUCUCCCUACACUUUACUUCCUGGGGGCCACGGACAGGCUGCUUGUGAUUGGUGGCAACAACUCAGAGAAUGUGGUAACCUCGUUCUGUGUGGAGUCACAGAAAUGGGGGCCGGUGUACAGCGCUGAGAAAGUGGCAUUUGCAGGUCAGGGGACAGUGGCUGGUGAUCAGAUCCUGAUGAUGCCGAGUGUGGAGCACAACACUGUUGUUAGCAUGGACCUCCAAACGCUCUCCCUCAAAGCUCUCCCUCCUCUACCCAUCUUCACUCGCUAUGAAGCUACCUUUUAUCUUCAUUUCUAA